UUUCAAAUGAACUAUUCUUAAUCGUUUGAUUUUUAGAAUGAAGAGAAUGGAUUUUAAGAUGACGAGGAUUAGAUUGAAUUUGAGGAGAUAGGAUAGAAUGAAAUGAUGAUGAGAUAUGAAAAUGAGGAAGAAAUGUAUAAGUUACUUUAAAGUGUUUGAUAGUAUUGAGUAGGUUAAGAAUAAAGAUAUAGAUGAAGAGGAACUUAAUUAGAGUGAAAUUUAAAAGAUAUCUUCAACUCUAUGUAUGAGAGAAUAAGAGUAAGAUUAUGAUUCAGAAGAGGAAUCUGAAUUUGAUAAAAUGUAAAUUGAAUAUUUGUGAUAUCAUUUAUAGUCAAUCAAAAACAUGUAACUCAGGGACAUUGUAGAAACCAAUAAAGAAGUAGAAGAAAUAUAAUAAAGAAGAACCUGUAAGAAUUGAAUGAUUUAUAGAGUUUGUUUAUAGAAGAGAAAGAUAAAGAAAUGGAGUGAAGAAGAGAAUAAACAAUUAUAACAUUUGUUUCAAAUAUAUUAAGGAGAUUGGGAGAUUAUUGUUAAGUUUAUGGAAGGAAGAACAGUUUCAUAAUGUAAAUAACAUUGGUAGCGUUUGAAUGGGGGUUAAGAUAAAAAGAAGAAAUGGACAGAAGAAGAAAAUUUAAUUAUCUUAUCAUUUACCAAAGAUAAUCCACAAUUUAAUAAUUGGUAACAAAUUGCACUAAGUAUAAAAUAAUCAUUUAAAAGAGGAAUGCAGAAUAGAAAUAGUAAACAAAUAAGAGAACAUUAUAUGAAUUAAUUACGUCCUGGUAUUAAUAACAAAUUACCUUGGAAUGAAUAACAAGAUAAAUUAUUAUUACAAUUAUAUUCUAAAUAUGGCAGCAAGUGGUGUUAAAUUAAUAAACAUUUUUAAGGAAGAACAGUAUUUGUAUUAUUAAUUAAGGAAAUUAUGUUAAAAAAUAGAUUCAACAAAUUGCAAAAGGGAAACUCUUAUGUUGAUCACUUUCUCAAUAUAGAUGAUGAACCAUAACUAUAAUAAUCUCAUACAUUCUCAUUUAAUUGA